AGUAAAUACACAAGCCAACUGCUUAUUGUAGAAUCCACCUUACCUUAGCUAAAAAAUAAUAAAAUUACAAUCCAAAUGAUUCCUACUCCUGAUACUUCUUGUUUGUUAGAAGAUGUAUUCCAGGAUGUAUAUGAACCUGCAGAGGAUACUUUUGCGUUGCUGGAUGCUCUAGAGGAGGAUAAAGACAAGCUAUGUAAAUUUGCAGCUGAAAAGUUACUUUUCACUGCAGAGAUAGGUUGUGGAUCAGGUUGUGUGUCGUCGUUUUUUAAAAGUGGAAUUUUGCAGAAUAGGCCAACGAUUCAUUUUAUGACAGACAUUUCAAAUGCUGCCUGUAAUGCGGCCACUAAUGUGGUGAAUAAAAAUCGAGAAUUAUACAAUGAUAAAAGCGGUAUAUUGCUAACUGCACAAACUUAUUUUUUACAAGGAUUAAGAAUUAAAAAAAGCAUUGAUGUCUUACUUUUUAAUCCUCCUUAUGUUCCCACAGAAUUCGAGGAAAUCCCUAAAGAAGCCAACAUUGCUUCCGCUUGGGCAGGAGGGACUGAUGGAAUGGAUGUGACAAACCAAUUAUUAAACAAUUUAAGUGACAUACUUUCAGCAGAUGGAGUUUUUUACAUGGUCGCUGUGGCUCGAAAUAAACCUGAAAAAAUUCAAACUUAUAUGUUGAGAUAUGGUUAUGAUUCAAAAGAAGUUUUGCGAAGAAAGGCCGGAAGAGAAACACUAUGCGUGUUGCGUUUUUCAAAGAAUAGUGCUUUAUUUGUUUAACGUUCAUUAUGAAAUUAUUUCUAACUUCUGAUCCGAAAACCUCAAAAGUAUGAAUUACAUACUAGGACAUGACUUAAGUGUUAGUUUGCAGUUUUCCCUGAUGGAUGCGUGCACUAGCAUUAACACAAGCGGGAAUUUCUUCUUCGUAAUGAGAAAUGAUGACCAUUGCUUGUGAAGGUAAAAGAUUUUUGUUCAACCACUUAUGAGCUAGAUGCAUAUACUCAAUAUCCACGCCUUGAAACGGCUCGUCCAAAACAAGCAAACGAGGACUUUUGAUAAUAGCUCUACAAAAAAGAAUAAAUCUUUGCAUACCCAUAGGUAAUUGAGAUAAAGGGGUAUUUUCAAACUUACGGAUAUUCAGUUCGUCUAGAAUCUUUGCAAUGGUUUUAGAACGGCUCUCGGUUUCUUUCGGGAUAGUAAAAGUAGUACUCCAGGCGCUUAAUAGGGUCUCUCUACAAGUAAAUUCUUUAGGGAAAUGUGUGUGUAUCUCAGGUGACUUUUAUAAUGUUAGUUAAACAAGUUGGAGUAAUUAGAACAUACGCAAUGACCAACGUUUUCUUGAAUAUCAAUAACUGAGAUUCCUGUUCCUGGUCCAAUGGACUUUCCAAAGAACUUGAUGUCUGUAGCAAAGAGUUUUGGAUGAUCGCCAAGGGCAAAAGCUAAAAGAGUGGUUUUACCGCUUCCAUUGCUACCACUUAAAUACCAUCUUUCACCCUCUCUUAUAGUCCAAUUGAUAUUUUGUAAAACAUUUUUACCCCAAUAGGUACAGUCGAGGUUCUUCAUUUCAAUAAUUGGACCGCCGAUCUUUGGAGGAGGAGCAUUUUUAAGUUCGGGUUUUGAUAAAACUAUAGGACUAGAGGAUGGAUUGUAUUUAUCCUUAACUCC